AGAAGAAAAAUAUACCUAUGGUUCUGUGGGAUGUGGCUGUGAAUGGAUGAAGAAUGAGAUCUGACGGAAGCGAUGAGGCCAAAGGUUCGUUACCAUCAUCCAGUCCACGCCCAAAAACACGUCCAGGUUCAAUGAACCUCAGUGGCCGCCUCUCAAAUUGUUUUUUGUUUGGUAUCCUCCUUUUUCCCGUUUAUAUAUAGCAACACAACUCUCCUUUCUCUUUCUUCAAUCAUAAGUUCUGAGAGAGAACCCAUAACAGCUAGUUAAUGGCCCUCGCUUUCACUUCUUCAAUUUCCGCACCAACUUCCACCUUCCCAUCAUCGGAACCCAAACUUCCGCAAAUUGGGUCAAUUAGGAUUUCGGAGAGGCCCAUUGGAGGCGCCGUUAAUUUCAAUUUAUCUCAAAGACGGAGCUUGGUAAAGCCCGUUAACGCCGAACCUCCACGCAAGGAUUCCAUUGUUCCUCUCGCAGCAACAACCAUCGUUGCUUCUGCUUCUGAGACGAAAGAGGAAGAUUUUGAACAGAUAGCCAGUGAUCUCGACAAUGCUUCACCUCUUGAAAUCAUGGAUAGAGCCCUCGACAAAUUCGGCAACGACAUAGCUAUUGCCUUCAGUGGUGCUGAAGAUGUUGCUUUGAUUGAGUAUGCGAAAUUGACGGGUCGACCCUUUAGGGUUUUCAGUUUGGACACUGGGAGACUGAACCCAGAAACUUAUCAACUUUUUGAUGCGGUUGAGAAGCAUUAUGGAAUUCGCAUUGAGUACAUGUUCCCUGAUGCUGUUGAGGUUCAGGCAUUGGUGAGGAGUAAGGGGUUAUUCUCUUUCUACGAGGAUGGGCACCAAGAGUGUUGCAGGGUGAGAAAGGUGAGGCCUUUAAGGAGGGCCCUUAAGGGUCUCAGAGCAUGGAUAACUGGUCAGAGGAAAGACCAGUCACCUGGUACUAGGUCUGAAAUACCGGUUGUUCAGGUUGAUCCGGUUUUUGAGGGAAUGGAUGGUGGAAUUGGAAGCUUGGUGAAGUGGAACCCUGUUGCAAAUGUGAAGGGCCAUGACAUAUGGAACUUCCUUAGGACCAUGAAUGUGCCUGUGAAUUCCUUGCAUGCAAAAGGAUAUGUUUCCAUUGGGUGUGAGCCCUGCACUAGGCCUGUUUUACCUGGGCAACAUGAAAGGGAAGGGAGGUGGUGGUGGGAGGAUGCCAAAGCUAAGGAAUGUGGUCUUCACAAAGGAAAUGUAAAGCAGCAGAAAGAGGAGGAUGUUAAUGGAAAUGGGCUAUCCCAAUCCCAUGCAAAUGGUGAUGCUACCACUGUGCCUGACAUUUUCAACAGCCCGAAUGUAGUUAACUUGAGCAGGACUGGAAUUGAGAAUUUGGCAAAAUUGGAGGACCGAAAGGAACCAUGGCUUGUUGUGCUUUAUGCACCAUGGUGCCCCUACUGCCAGGCUAUGGAGGAAUCUUAUGUUGACUUAGCAGACAAGUUAGCAGGGUCAACAGGGAUGAAGGUUGGAAAAUUUAGAGCAGAUGGAGAACAGAAAGAAUUUGCAAAGAGUGAACUGCAAUUGGGAAGCUUCCCUACGAUAUUAUUUUUCCCAAAGCAUUCGUCUCGGCCAACAAUAAAGUAUCCCUCAGAAAAGAGAGAUGUUGAUUCCUUGAUGGCAUUUGUAAAUGCCUUAAGAUGAGGAUAUCAGGAAAUUUUCUUCGUUUUUGGGUUGCAAUUCCACUGUGACUAUACGUACAGCGGGUUCCUUCUUUAUGCUAUUACGUGUAUAUACCAUUCGUUUACAGAUUCUUCUGUGAACUCGUUGGAAGUGGGAAUGGAGGUUUAUACAAAUAAGAUACUCAGUUUUGAAUGGUUUUAUACUACCAUCUUGCGUGGUUGUAUUGUAGUAGUCAUUCUGUAGGGGAGUAAUUGAUUUUCUUCUUUUCUAGAUGAGUGUUUUAUUUAUAA